GAAGUGACUUCAGCCGGCAGCGGAGCGGCGCGGCUGAGCGGCGGAGCGGAGCAUGGCAGCGGCGGCGCGGUCCCUGCUGGCGGCGGGGCGGGCGGCCGGGCGGCGGUGCCGGGCCCUACCCGCCGCCGGGGCCGCUCCCUGCUGCACUGUGGCCCCGCAGCAGAGGCGGCAGCCGCCGCCCGACAUGAAGAGCUACCUGUGGUCGCGCUACAAGGAGGCCAAGAGAGUCACCAAGGAGUUGGUUCCUUCAAUUAUGAGUAACAUGCUGAAUCCGGAUGCUAUUUUUUCAAACAAUGAAAUGAGCCUGUCAGACAUUGAAAUAUAUGGUUUUGAUUACGACUACACGCUGGUAUUUUAUUCUAAACAUCUGCACACGCUGAUCUUCAAUGCUGCUCGAGAUCUUCUUAUUAAUGAGCAUCGGUACCCUGCAGAAAUAAGAAAAUAUGAUUAUGAUCCCAAUUUUGCAAUCAGAGGACUUCAUUAUGAUGUGCACCGGGCAUUAUUAAUGAAGAUCGACGCUUUUCAUUAUAUUCAGCUGGGAACAGUUUACAGAGGCCUCAGUGUUGUCCCAGAUGAAGAAGUCAUUGCAAUGUAUGAUGGUUCUCAUGUCCCUUUAGAACAAAUGAGUGACUUUUAUGGAAAGAGCUCACAAGGAAAUACAAUGAAGCAAUUCAUGGACAUAUUUUCCUUGCCAGAAAUGACACUCCUUUCUUGUGUGAAUGAAUAUUUUCUGAAAAACAACAUUGACUAUGAGCCUGUUCAUCUGUACAAAGAUGUCAAGGAUUCUAUCAGGGAUGUCCAUAUCAAAGGAAUAAUGUACAGAGCAAUCGAAGCAGAUAUUGAAAAAUACAUCUGCUAUGCCGAACAAACUCGUGCUGUGUUAGCAAAGCUGGCUGAUCAUGGCAAGAAGAUGUUUCUCAUCACAAACAGUCCCAGCAGCUUUGUGGACAAGGGGAUGAAGUUCAUAGUCGGCAAGGACUGGAGGGAUCUCUUUGAUGUGGUCAUUGUACAGGCUGAUAAACCAAACUUUUUCAAUGAUAAGCGAAGACCGUUUCGAAAGGUGAAUGAAAGGGGAGUGUUGCUUUGGGACAAAAUUCACAAGCUGCAGAAAGGUCAGAUUUACAAACAGGGUAAUCUGUAUGAAUUUCUGAAGCUUACUGGCUGGAGGGGCUCUAAGGUUCUCUACUUUGGUGAUCACAUUUACAGUGACUUGGCAGAUUUGACCCUGAAGCAUGGCUGGCGCACUGGUGCAAUUAUUCCAGAGUUACGAUCAGAGAUUAAAAUAAUGAACACAGAGAAGUACAUUCGAACCAUGACCUGGCUGCAAACCUUGACGGGAUUACUGGAACACAUGCAGGUUCACCGUGAUCCUGAUUCACAAAUGAUUUUAGAAGAAUGGAAGAAGGAAAGAAAGGAAUUGAGGGAGAUGAACAGGAAUUUCUUCAACGCCCAGUUUGGAAGCUUAUUCAGAACUGAUGAGAAUCCAACCUACUUCCUAAGACGUCUCUCUAGAUUUGCGGAUAUCUACAUGGCAUCCUUGAGUUGUCUCUUGAACUAUGAGCCUGAUUACACGUUUUAUCCAAGAAGGACUCCUUUGCAGCACGAACUUCCUGGCUGGUCAGACCAGCUGUGCACUGGUACUUUCAGAAUACCUUUCCUACAAGAGACAGUUCAGAUCAAAUAAACACUUGGUGACUUCUCUCUAAAAUGGUCAAAUAUAUCUAUAUAUAUAUAUAUAGAUAUUUUUCUUUUUGAAUGUACAUGCAUUUUAUUUAAGUCAUUUAAAGCUGUUAUCUAGAUUUAGAUGUAAUUCUUACUUGUUCUCAUAAGUGUUGUACCUAUUUUCUACUCUCCUGCUCGGAGAUGUGAAAGCUUCUCUCACGCACAGAAGAGAUGAUGGACUGCCAAAAUAGGACUGGACUGGGAGGGAGGGCAGAUUUGAGGGGAAGGACUGGUGGUGUUCUGCGGUGGUUGAUUUUGUUUGUUUAUUCAUUGGACAUUUCAAUCUGCAGCCUCGUGCUUUACAAAGAAAUUACUGUACUCUCUGUUCUGACCGUGCUCAGAAUUCCAGCUGGAGCCUCUAAUGGAUCUUGGCACCGAAAAGCUUAAACCCAGUAUUAGUAACUCAGUGAUAGGCAGCAGCCAGGUUACAGUGAGAGUGAGAGGGAUGGUGUGAUGCAUUUGAACUCUCCUUGCUGCAGGAGCCUUACCUGUACCUGACCUGCCCACCGAGGGGCUGGCGUGGCUCUGCUGCACCGCAGUGGUUCCAGCACCUGUGGGCUCAGACCGAGGGGAUUUUUCUUCCUUCUGUGCCGUUUCUGUGCUCGUAACAUCUGUGCUUUGCUGCAGGUGGACCUGAGCCUAAAACUGAAAGUGACAGUAACCUGGGCUGCUUCGGAUUUCUUUCUUUUUUUUUUUUUUUUAAACUUUUAGGCACCUUUCUUUAUAAAUUCCAAAACACUUCAACUAUCAACUCUCUGAUGUUAAAGCCAUUUCAAAAGGUCUUGCAUUUUGCAUUUCAAAGUGGAGCCAAAUCUCUUUCAGGCUUUAGAUUGAUCCUAAAUGCUGCUUUUUAAAAUUUUAAGUGUCUUACAGUGGCAUGCAGCGUGGUUUUGCUGUCCCCUGGGAACACAGCCUUUGGUAAUGGACUUUUACAGUCAGAAGUAAACACGCACAAUAAGCAAAUGAGUUGAAAGAAAACUUAAGAAAUGAGAAAAUGAAAACCAGAGUCUUCUGAUGACUUUUUUUUUUUUGGUUUAGCUCAAGCCCUCAAAGUUGAAUUGGGGGUGGUGGACAGUUUACAUCAAGCAAAAUAAUUUUGAUGGUGCAGAUUUGAAGUUUUAUUGAGUAAGUGAAAUUGGAGGUAAUGCAUGAACACAAACUCUGGGUAGGAUAUAUGUUCCAAAGAUUUGAGCAGAAAAAUGUCUUUUUUUUUUUUUUUUUUUUUUUUUUGCACAAGGAAAACAUCUGUUAAUGUGUUU